UUUUCAUUCGAUCGUUACUAGAGUUACUAUGAAGGUGUUUGUGGUAGCAGUGAAAAUCCAUGCACUGUUGACAGAGUGCUUGGAUGAGAUAAACCGACAGGCCCAGAGUCCGUCGACUGAAGUGGAGACACUGCGAUCCCUCCUAGGACCAGCCCCGGUGCUUGGUGCGGAGACUGCCACAGUCGCCCAUCUUCACUUUCCGAACCUCUUUGAGCCUGUGGAUGAUGCGGUCCAAGAUGCUCAACAGCAGCUUCAUCAUUAUGAACUACGAGUGUGCAACGCCGAGGCUCCCCUCCAACCGAGAGCAACGGUGGUGAAAGAGGGAGUGUUCAACUGA